GGACGCGAUGCCUGGGUCGCUCAAACGUACGAUUCCGACGAAUUGACGAUUUUGGGCUGAAUACAACGAGGACGCAGUGCUUUAAAAAACAAAACAAAAAUUUUGACAGUUAAAAUUACGCGCGUUUUUUAAUCUGUGGACAGUGCUUUAAUGGUAUUUGUGGGAAAAGUGUGCAUAGUUUUUCGGACAAAUACUUCGGUUGUAAAAUGAUGAUUGAAAUCGAGUGAUAGAUGUAAAAUGUGAUAAAGUGAAUAAAUAGUUAAUUGAUAGCAACAAGACAGCAAAAUGUGCAGCAAGGAUCAGAUCAAUCACAUACUCGGGAAGAUCAAUGUGGGUCUGCCGUCGUGGUCCCGCGGUGUGGAGGCGGUGGAGGCGGCCCGGACGCGUCUGGUGCGUUGGGCAUGUGGCGACCCACCUAUCGAGCCUGACCCGCCAAGGAAGAAGAUGCCGCAUGCGCUAAGACGGAGGUGGCCGCUCUGUCCUUGUUUACAGAAUGACGAACCGCCCGAGAUCACGUACUGCGUGGUGGGCGGCGAGGGAGGUCUCGCCCUCCAAGCGGUCACCCCCACGCAUCCCAUGCCCCCGGAAGAUGAGCUGGACGCCAAGUUUGCGGAGCUGGUCGAGGAGUUGGACCUGACAGCAGUUAACAAGGCCGCGAUGAUGGCGCUACCGGCUGCCAAGAAAUGGCAGAUCUACUGCAGUCGUAGGCCGCCACCGGGCCAGGCGCCUCCACUGGCCACCGCACCACAAGUCGAGGAGUACAUCAAGGCUCUUAACGAGAUCGCUGAUGCAUUUGCGUCGUCUGAAGGCGUCCCCCCGACGGAAUCCUGCGGCCUACUCGAGGGCCUGAAGACAGCGCUCAGGACGAGGGCUCACAGCUUCGUCCUCCGGUUUAUCAAGCAAGGAGGACUCGGUGCCAUAUUGGACGCGUUGCAGAAGGCGCCCAGGGACGAUGCUGUCACGAGACAUAACCUUAUAGCUGCCAUAAAAGCCUUGAUGAAUAAUUCGACUGGUCGUGCUCAUGUAUUAGCUCAUCCCACGAGCAUCGAUCUGAUCGCUCAGUCCUUGGACACGGAGAACGUGAAGACGAAAGUCGCAGCACUUGAGAUACUCGGCGCUGUAUGUCUUGUCCCCGGGGGACAUAAAAAGGUGCUAGAAGCGAUGGUCAACUUCCAAAAGUAUUCCGGCGAGAGGGCCCGCUUCCAGAGCAUCGUCAACGAGCUGGACCGCAGCACCGGCGCCUACAGGGACGACCUCGGCCUGAAAACGGCCAUCAUGUCGCUCGUCAACGCCGUGCUCAACUACGGGCCCGGCGAGGAGAGCCUCGAGUUCAGGCUCCAUCUGAGAUACGAGCUGCUCAUGCUGGGGCUUCAACCAGUGAUCGAAAAACUCCGCAAAUACGAAAACGAGACGCUGGACCGGCACAUCGAGUUCUUCGAGAUGGUCCGCGGCGAGGACGAGCGCGAGCUGGCGCGGCGCUUCGACCGCGAGCACGUGGACACCAAGAGCGCCUCCGCCAUGUUCGAGCUGCUGCGCCGCAAGCUGGGCCACUCCGCCGCCUACCCGCACCUGCUGUCCCUGCUGCAACACCUGCUGCUGCUGCCGCUGGAGUACGGCCCGCAGUCCCAGCACUGGCUGUUGCUGGACCGUGUGGUGCAGCAGGUGGUGCUGCAGCAGCCGGCGGCGGGGGCGCGCGCCGACAGCGAGCAGGGCAGCGAGGGCGGCAGCACCAGCGACCAGACCAGGAUAUACGAUCCGGACGUGGCUCCCCUCGAGAUAAACGUCGGCGAGAUAGUGCAUUUGCUCGCCAAGGAGGAAGAGCUCGUCGCCGCCAGGACCAAGGCCGAGAAUCUGGAACGGGAGAACAUCGACCUGGCCACAGAGCUGGCUAAGAAGGAGAAGCAGCUGGACGAGCGCGCGCAGGAGCGCGAGGAGCUGGAGGGCGCCGCGGCGCGCCUGCGGGACCGCCUGGAGCGCGAGACGGCCGCGCACAUGCACUGCGCCGACCUGGCGCGCGCCGCCGCCGCACGCGCGCAGCUGCUCGACUGCCAGUUGACCCAAGAGAGAACCGAGAGAGCGAGAUUUGAAAAACUAGUCAGCGAGGGAAGCAUACCUGAUGAUGCUAAGGUGAACAAUCUGAAGAACGCGGUGAUCGAAACGUCAUCGGUACCUCCCCCUCCUCCGCCGCCGUCAAUGUUCCCCGCGCCCCCCGCCGUGCCGGCUCCUCCCCCCGCGCCGCUCGCGCCUCUCGCCCCCCUGGCGCCGCUCGCCCCCGCCCCUCCCAAGCCCAAGAAGAACGUCCCCACUCCCGGGAACCCGCUCAAGAGCUUCAACUGGAGUAAAUUACCUGAUACCAAGCUGCACGGCACGAUAUGGCAGGAGCUGGACGACACGAAGCUGUACAACGCGAUGGAUCUGCACACCAUCGACAAGAUGUUCUGUGCCUACCAGAAGAAUGGCGUCCAGAACGAGGGGUCCGUCGAGGACCUCCGCCAGCUCGGGUCGAAGCCCAGGACGAAGAUACUGUCCGUGAUAGACGGCCGCCGCGCCCAGAACUGCACCAUCCUGCUGUCCAAACUUAAAAUGACCGAUGAGGAGAUUUGCAGAGCGAUCCUCAAAAUGGACAGCGGCGAACAACUGCCCAUCGAUAUGUUGGAGCAACUCCUGAAGUUCACGCCGAGCGCCGAGGAGGCCGCCAUGCUAGAAGAGCACCAAGAUGAACUGGACAGCAUGGCGAGGGCGGAUCGCUUCCUCUACGAGAUCUCCAAGAUCCCGCACUACUCGAUGCGGGUGCGCACGCUGCUGUUCAAGAAGCGGUUCGCGGCGGCGAGUGCGGAGGCGAGCGGGCGCGCCACCACCGUGCUGCGCGCCGCGCGGGACAUGACGCGCUCGCGCCGCCUGCGCGCGCUGCUCGAGCUGGUGCUGGCGCUCGGGAACUACAUGAACAGGGGAGCCCGCGGCAACGCGUCAGGGUUCCGGCUCUCGUCACUGAACAAACUCGCCGACACCAAGUCCAGUGUUACAAGAAACACCACGCUCCUGCAUUUCCUGGUCGAAAUGUUGGAGACACAGUUCAAAGACAUACUGCUGCUCGAGGAGGAUUUACCGCACGUCCGAGCCGCGGCUAAGGUUUGCGUGGAACAACUGGAGAAGGAUGUGGGUGCUUUGAGGAGUGGCCUCCGUGAAGUCGCGAAGGAGGUGGAGUACCACGCGUCGCUGCCCUCUCCGCAGCCCGGUGACGCCUUCCUACCAGUCAUGAGGGAGUUCCAUGCGCAUGCUGUUUGUACCUUCACACAACUGGAAGAUCUUUUCCAGGACAUGAAGAGUCGUCUCGAAGCAUGCGCCCACGCCUUCGGUGAAGAGACAAGUGCGUCCCCGGAGCAACUGUUCGGCGCCAUGGACGCGUUCCUCACGCAGCUCGCGGAGGCGCGCGCCGAGUGCGACGCCAUCAGGAGGCGCCGCGACGACGAGCAGCGCCGGACCAGGCACGAGCAAGAGUUGAAAAAGCGUACAAUGGAACGUAAGCAAUCAAACUCGCUAGGCUCGGUGAGCAAAUCCCUAGCGAAAUCCAACGGGGAUUGCAACGGACACUCCAACGAUAGCUCCCGGGACGGCACCAUGAGUAACGGACAAAAAGGAGAGUUCGAUGACCUUAUAUCCGCAUUACGAACAGGAGAUGUCUUCGGAGAUGACGUGGCCAAAUUCAAAAGAUCAAGAAAGACUUCCAAAGUCACUCAGAAGGGUCGCGACUCUCCUCCCAGGGGCGUGUGCAGGGAAGACUCUAGGGAGAGACAGAAGAAUUGAGAUUGACAGCAGUUAUUGAUGUGUCAAAGAACGUGAGUACGGCUCUAUGCGUGAACGUUGCUUGUAAGUACAGAAAUUUGUUACACCAACUUUUCUGUUACUAGAAUCGACCACAUGUUUGUCAAUAUUUCGAAAUACCCUCAAAUAAAUAAUUAGGCAUUAAACUGUAAGUUUUGAAAUAGUAUACAUGUACUUAUUCGUCGAUGCUAAUUAAAGUUUGGGAACGGAGAGCCGAUGACCGUCAUACGUCGGAAUAUCGAUUAGAAUGACUGCUUUAAAAUAAUCGAUUAGUAUAAUUGUAACAAGUGAUAUUUUCGAAGUAGAUUAGUUUGGACGGUGAUGGUGUGUACGUCACAAAAUAUUUAGAGAUUUAUACAGAAUAAAAGAUAGGACGUUUAAUGUGCUAAAUACCAAUUAAUUAGCGUGAUCGCUUAUAUAUUAAAUCGAUUAAUAAAUAAUCGAUAUUAAAUCGACUAAUAAAUAAUCGAUAUUAAAUCGAUUAAUAUAUAGCAGAGUUAAUUUAAUUGUUACACAAAUGUAUUAACUAUAGACGAUGGAAUAAUUUUAAACGAAGUCAGCAUUAACUAUUAAUUUAGACCUUAAAUUGCAGUGGAUAAGGACUGAUCUGUGAUUUCACAAAUUGUUUACCUUGUGUCUGUUUUUAAUUAUCACAGGUAUAUGUUUGCGGCUUGGUCUUAAUUAAUUAAUUUCAUAAUAAGUAGCGUUUUGCCUUUAAUACUUUGUAAUUUUUGUAUGCAUUUUACCACGUAUUUUAGUGGUGUUUUUUGGUACUAAAAUAAAGUAUUUUGAAGAGUAUUUUUUUUGUAAUAAUUUUUGCAAAAAUUGAAAUAAUUGUAGAUUGAGAUACAGUUUCAAUGUUUUGUAUUUUUUCGUAACGACUGAAGUAGUGAAAAGGCUGCAAAUAAAUGAUUCCGUAAACAAUUUUUUUUGAUAGUCUUAAUCUUACUAUAGAGCUAUAUGUGUUUGUAUUAUCUAUGUACGUAGUAUUUAGAUACUGUAUUUAAUGCGUUCGAUUUGACACCGUACCCGGUGUUGCCAACACACAAAAACAAACCUAACAUAUCCCCGUUAGG